CUCACAGCCAUUUUGGCUCCAUCGCCUUGUUUGGCCGCGCCGCACCCCAGCCCUGUCGAGGAGACCCCCCCAUCGAAUGGCGGGCCAGGGCGCCCGCGGCGGGUGGUCCGCUGGCGGCCCUGCCGCCGAGGCAGUCGCUGCCGGCGCGCUGGCCCGCGCGGUCCGGGCCGCUGUGCAGGAGUCCUGCGUGCUCCUAGUGCUGCACGCCAUCGGCCAGUUGCUGCUGGAGCUCUGGCGCCGCCUCCGCGGGUCGCUCGGCGCCGCCGGCCUCGCGCUGCGGGGCCCAGGCGGCGCCGCGCCCCAGGCUCUGCCCGCGGCGGCGCGGCCGCAGGCGCAGCCGCAGACCAGCCAGUGCUGCCCGCCAUUCGCCGUCGGCGUGCCCGACGCUGCUGACGCUGGCGUGCUCGCCAGCCUCCACGG